AUGAUUACAAAACACAAACAAACAAUUCAUGCAAAAAAAUUACUUCAAAAAAACGAAAAUCAAACCUCUAUAUCUGAUUUUGCACUUCCCAUUGUGCUAAUUGAACAUGUUGAACUGCCUUACUUAUCUACAGAAGAGGUUAUCGAAUCCUUAGAAUAUCUUGACAAUGAUAACCAUCAAAUUCAACUAAGUAAUUCAACUUUUAUGGAAAAUUUUUCCAACCUACCCUCUAUUCAGAAGAUUAAAAUUCUGGCAAUAUCAGUUGCACUUCGCAAGAAUACUUUAUUGGAUCCUGAUGAUAAUGAUCUUGAAUCAAA